UUUCAUGUAUUUAAUACAGGAAGUGUUCACAAGAUAUUUUACCACAGAUUUUUACCACCUCUUAUAUUUACCUGAAUUGCUUCAAAAUUGUUUAUAAUAAUUUCCAGACACUGCUGGUCCACUGUAAUCAAGUAUAUUUGAUAUUUUAUAAGUGUUGCCCUUUUAGUGUUACAUGGCAUCCACUCAGUCUGGAUUGGUGGCACAUGAUUUGUGGCCAAUGUGUAUUUUAAUAAUAAUAAUAAUAAUAAUAAUAUGUAUACAUUGUAUACACUAGAAAGUAACAGUAUGAGAUUUUCACGAUAUGAUAACGUCAUAAAAAUACCACGGUAUUACAUGUGUAUUACUAAUAUUAUUUAACAGUUAAUAUUUAGUUAUACAGUUAGUUAAAUUUGGACUUUUAUCUACUUGUAACUGCUCUACUGCCAUUUAAUUGUAUGCCAUGCUGCCAAAUAUUAUUUUUGAUUUAUUAUUUUAAGACUUGUAAUGUAAUUAAAAAACAAACAAACAACAAACAGCUAACAAAACGGUAUAAAUAAAAUAUAAUAAAAAAUUUCAACUGAAAUGUAAAAAUACUUGAAAAUCAAAGUCAGUUCUGUUCCAAAUUUUAGGUCGAGUGGCAAAGUGCUCAGUACCAAAAAAUGUCCUCUCUGUAUUCGUAAAUAUCCCAAUACUGUUUUACUGAGUGAGAAACAGCUCCAAAUGAUUCAGUGAGAGAGCGCUCUGAACCAAUUGUACCGAAUCACGAAUCGAUUCAGACCGUUUUUCUAGCCCGUUUGGCCAGUUCACUGAAAAGAACCGACUCAAAAGAAUUUCUCAUUCGCAAAUUGGGCAUUGUUAAUUCUUUUAAACAGCCAACAGAAAUACGGGACACAUUGCAUGAUUGGUGAAAUAUUUGGAGAGUAAAUAUUUCUCAGGUCAGUCGGAGCGCUCAUGGUACGCACAGUGCAUACUGCUGUACAGCUGCAGGCGCCACUGGUCUGCGGUACUCUUGUGAAAUCAUUAUUUGACAUAUCUUUGCAGUUCAUUGCUGAUAAUAUUGGUCAUGUGGAUUCACUGGCCGGUUUCCCUGAGCAAAUGGCUGUUAAGUUGUUUUCGGCCGCUGAAGAGAGACACAGAUUCAUUGACCCACAUACUGCACACCGAGCACUGCACACUGUUUUCUGUGAGGCCUGUGGAGAACUUGUGCUGAAAUCCAUGUGUUUGAGAAAUAGGUAUCUUUUGAUAUCUGAAAGAAUGGACGAGAUCCGAAUGUUUCAGAGUCUGGAGAGCCUUGACCUCAAUGGAUGCAGAUUAGGCAACAACCACGACAUUUUUAAAUACAUAACCUCUGAGGCCCUGUCUAGGUAUGGACAACAGAUCAUUCUUAAAGGGAUAGGGGCAAACUGCCUUUCUGAUGCAGGCCUGCAGAGACUGACAGCACCAGUCAGAUUGAUGAAGAAAGGUCUAGAAAACCUGCAGAUCUCUCUGGUGAAUUUGUCAUUGAAAGGAUUCUUCAGAAAUAAGAUUAAUCUGAUCCGCUCAGAGACACCUCUGAAGGUGUUUACUCACUCUGACUGCAAAACAGAGGGCUGGGCUGAACAGAUGGAAGGGAAAAGUUUGUUCGAGAGACAUUAAACUCCUUGUCUGGGACAAGUGGCACCACAAGUAAAGACAAAGUUGUGCCAAUUCACUUAUAUAAGCAUGAUCUCUGUGGCAUGAUUUCAUCAGAAGAACACAUCGCACAUUCCCCAACAGUGGGAGCUGUACAGAAGGGUAAGAAGAGGAGACUAUCAACAGAGGAAGAGCAAAGUAUAGCUCCUCUCACAAAGCGCCAAUCUGUGUCCGCUCUAUCUGCAGAGGAUUUAGAUCUGUUAAAUAGUUACUGAGUGGCAACAAAGUUUACUUAGCCAACAAUGCAUUCCUCUGUGAGGGAAGUGACUCUGAAAUGCUUUUAUUUUGAUUCUUGUAAAUAAAAAAAAUAAAAAAAACAGUUCAUUUGAACUUUUGUACUA